AUGGCCUCGUCUGGCUGGGCCAUGCGGCCGCAGCCCUUUGGCCGCGUUGAUGGUCUGGACGCGCCGCCCGUAGCGAACAUCGAGACGCUCUUUGCCGACCUGCAGGUCCGCCAGCCAUCCGACUGCAAGUGCGACACCAAGCUCUAUCCGCCCACUUGCCCCACCUGCAAGACCGGUCAGAUCUGCGAAUCCACCCUCGUUCCGCUCAAGUGCGGCAUCAGCUGCAUGUCCAACCAAUGCAUCGGCGACAUCUCUGGAGGUCGCUCCAACGGCGGCAGGAUCGGCGGCGCCGUCGGCGGCGCGCUCGGCGUCGUCGCCAUUGCUGGCCUGCUCUUCCUCGUCUGGCGCACGCGCGCGCGCAGGCGGGAGAUCGCAAGGCAGCAGGCGCGCAACGACGCCAAGGUCCGCGCUGCCGCCGGCAAAAAGUUCCGUCCAGGCCAGCAGGCGAAUCUCUCGUCCAGCGCCGCAAGCGCCGACGGGCGUAGCGUCGGAACCUCCGGCAGCCAGGAAGCGCGCAAUGGCCUCGCAGGCAGCAACGCGCUGAGCGAACUCGAAGAGGUCGACGAGGACGACGUUGAGUACACCGAGCUGCGCCCCGAUGGCCUCACAACGUAUCGCAAGAACGACGAGAGCGAGCAGGACACGCUUGGCGCCCUCGUUGGCCUGGGCGUCAAUCGCCGCUACUCGACGUCCGCCGCGACGCAUCUCUCGCGCAUCUCCGAGGGGGUCGAGGUCGACGAUGACGAGGAGAGCACGAUGGACGCCCGCUCAAUCCGCGCAGGCAGUACACGCACUGGCCGCAUGAGCAUCCGCCGCAAGCUGUUCAAUAUCAACAACUCCAACCCCAGUCUCGCACCCACUGACGGCGGCGUCGCGAUGUCCACUACAUCUUCCCGCGCAACGCAGGGUACGUCGACCCACGCGCCUUCAAGAGUGGCUCCCGCUGGUUCCAUACGAGAAGAACAACUCAAUAACGCAUACCCUUUGCUCAACCCCUUUGGAGAUGAGCAUGCUGUGCAACAUCAGGGUUCUGCAUCUUUCUCCUCCUCCGCCGGCAAUGCUGCCAGCGGCGGCGGUCGGCGUCGCGGCAGCAGCAGCAGCGGAGCGGCGGGCCGGGCCGUCGGCGAGGGUCCCGGACCUAUCACGGGUCAGCUGCUGCCCAUCUCGAGCGGCGACGGCAGCACAUGCAACAUUGUCGGCCCCACGCAGCCGAUCCAAGCGCACCGUACGACGGGAGCGCCGCUCAUCGAGCUCAACAAGGGAAAGAGCAGUACGACGCGCGGGUCAGGCGGCACAGGCGCGAAUUGCGCAGUUGGCCCAGCCUCUGCCAACGUCCCCACCGGCACGAUCCUCGACCUCGACGCGCCGCCCUCUCCUAUGUCGCCUGCGCUUGCAGAGGGUGGGCGCGCGUAUAGCGACGCCCGCGGAAGCAUGGCGAUGCGCGCGCAGUCCCAGAUCGACCCGUACAGCCGCGAAUCAGGCUGGUACUCACCCGCCGCGCCGUCGACCGCUGCGUCGCGCCACUUUGACUUCCCCGACCGGCUCGGCUCGGACCCGGCGC